AUGGCUGGCUGCAUCUUCCUUGGUAUGGAGAACUCGGCACGACAAAUGAAUGCAAAGCCGUCAGCCAUGCACAUCGAGAUAAUGAACGAGCGAAAAGGCGGCCAGAACAUGGCCCCAGGCGCCACUGGCGAGGGUUUGGGCUGGCUACAAUGCUUCUUCGAGCCUGGUAUCGACACUCCGAGCUUUGCCGCACCAUCAAAAGCCAUCCUGUUUGAUGUUCCCGACGGACCGGCUGUGUUAGAAACCAGCCUCGGGCUGGUACAGAAGUCACCGAGCUACUUUGAUGAGGAUCCCGCAGGUUGA